CGGAGGCUCCGGAGCCGCCGCUCCGCGCAGCAGGUGCGGGGCGUGUCGCGAUCGGACGUGUCGCGAUGGGGCGUGUCGCGGCGGGGGCGUGCCCGCAGCCCGCGGGCGGUGCAGGGGUGUGCGGGACCGGGAUGGUGCCGGGAUGGUGCCGGGAUGGUGCCACGGCUCCUCAUCGCGCUCCUUCGCUUUUUCAGCCGCGGGUUCCUGCGGGCGGGGGACGCCGCUCCCGGCCCCGAGGCGCUACAGGAUGCUCUGCUGAGUCUGGGCGCUGCACUUGAUGCCACCACCCUGCGUGAUGCGCUCCGCCACGCCCUUGUCACCCUGCUGCCUGCUGUGGAGCAUGUGUAUAUCUACCUGCUGGAUGGGGACACACGGCUGCUCUGUGAUGACCCCCCCCAUGAGCUGCCGCCCAACGGGAAGCUCAGGGAUGCUGUGCAGAAGCAGAAGCGACUGGAAUGUGGGGGGCUGCUCCCUGCUGAGCUCCCUAGCCGGCACCUGGGACCCCUGGCAGCACCCCUGGCCCCUGGCACACAAGUGCUCAUCAUCCCACUGGUGGACAAGAACAGUGGGGCCGUGGUGUGCGUCAUCCUGGUACACUGUGGCCAGCUGAGUGACUCAGAUGAGCAGAACCUGCGUGCAUUAGAGAGACAUGCCCUAGUGGCAUUCCGGCGCCUGCAAGCCCUGCAGAAGUUGCAGCCCUGGCCCCAGGUCAGCCUCUCCACCAGCUCCUCCCAGACCUCUCUGGCCAAACCCGAGAAGGCACCUGACAGCAGUUAUAAUGACCUGGACUGCAAGAUCCUACAGCUCUGUGGUGAGCUGUAUGACCUGGAUGCCGCCUCGCUGCAGCUCAAGGUCAUCAAUUAUCUGAAGCAGGAGACCCAGUCUCUGUGCUGCUGCCUCCUUCUCGUCUCUGAGGACAACCACCAGCUCUUCUGCCAGGUGGUGGGGGACCGUGUCCUGGAUGAGGAAAUCAGCUUUUCACUCACCUUUGGGCGCCUGGGGCAGGUGGUGGAGGAUAAGAAGCCCAUCACCUUGAAGGACAUCAGUGAGGAGGAGCACAAGCAGCUGAGCAGCAUGUUGGGCUGUGAGGUCACCUCCAUGCUCUGUGUCCCUGUUAUUAGCCGAGCCACCUCCCAGGUAGUGGCACUGGCCUGCGCCUUCAACAAACUGAGUGGGGAGAGCUACACAGACACGGAUGAGCACAAGAUCCAGCACUGCUUCUGCUACACCUCCACAGUGCUCACUAGCACCUUGGCCUUCCAGAAGGAGCAGAAGCUCAAGUGCGAGUGCCAGGCCCUGCUGCAGGUGGCCAAGAACCUCUUCACCCACUUGGAUGAUGUCUCUGUCCUGCUGCAGGAGAUCAUUACGGAGGCCCGGAACCUCAGCAAUGCUGAGAUAUGCUCUGUGUUCCUGCUGGACCGGCUCAGCCAUGAGCUGGUGGCCAAGGUGUUUGAUGGUGGCGUGGUGGACGAUGAGAGCUAUGAGAUCCGCAUCCCAGCAGACCAGGGCAUCGCUGGGCACGUGGCCACCACUGGCAAGAUCCUGAACAUCAAGGAUGCCUACUCUCACCCGCUCUUCUACCGUGGGGUGGAUGACAGCACCGGCUUCCGCACCCGCAACAUCCUUUGCUUCCCCAUCAAGAAUGAGAGCCAGGAGGUCAUUGGGGUGGCAGAGCUUGUCAACAAGAUCAAUGGCCCUUGGUUCAGCAAGUUUGAUGAGGACCUGGCCACUGCCUUCUCCAUCUACUGCGGCAUCAGCAUCGCCCAUUCCCUGCUGUACAAGAAGGUGAAUGAGGCACAGUACCGAAGCCACCUGGCCAAUGAGAUGAUGAUGUACCACAUGAAGGUGUCAGAUGAUGAGUACACAAAACUGCUGAGCGAGGGCAUUCAGCCUGUGUCCACCAUUGACCCCAACUUUGCCAGCUUCACCUACACACCACGCUCACUGCCUGAGGAUGACACCUCCAUGGCCAUCCUGAGCAUGCUGCAGGACAUGAAUUUCAUCAACAACUACAAGAUGGACCGUCAGACGCUCACCAGGUUCUGCCUGAUGGUGAAGAAGGGGUACCGUGACCCUCCCUAUCACAACUGGAUGCACGCAUUCUCCGUCUCCCACUUCUGCUACCUGCUCUACAAGAACCUGGAGCUUGUUAACUACCUGGAAGACAUCGAGAUCUUUGCCCUCUUCAUCUCCUGCAUGUGCCACGACCUGGACCACAGAGGCACAAAUAACUCCUUCCAGGUGGCCUCGAAAUCGGUCCUGGCCGCACUCUACAGUUCAGAGGGCUCUGUCAUGGAGAGGCAUCACUUUGCCCAAGCCAUUGCUAUCCUCAAUAGCCAAGGCUGCAACAUCUUCGACCACUUCUCUCGAAAGGACUACCAGCGCAUGCUGGACUUGAUGCGGGACAUCAUCUUGGCCACUGACCUGGCCCACCACCUCCGCAUCUUCAAGGAUCUCCAGAAAAUGGCAGAAGUGGGAUAUGACCCCAAGAACAAGCAGCACCGCAGCCUGCUCCUCUGCCUGCUCAUGACCUCCUGUGACCUCUCUGACCAGACCAAGGGCUGGAAAACCACCAGGAAGAUUGCAGAGCUGAUCUACAAGGAGUUCUUCUCCCAGGGUGACCUGGAAAAAGCCAUGGGGAACAGCCCACUGGAGAUGAUGGACCGGGAGAAAGCCUACAUCCCUGAACUGCAGAUCAGCUUCAUGGAGCACAUUGCUAUGCCCAUCUACAAAUUGCUGCAGGAUCUCUUCCCCAAGGCAGCGGAGCUCUACGAGCGGGUGGCCAGCAACCGGGAGCAGUGGACCAAGGUCUCCCACAAAUUCACCAUCCGGGGGUUGCCCAGUAACAACUCCCUGGACUUUCUGGAUGAGGAAUAUGACCCACAGGCCCCUGACCCCCAGCUCAAUGGCUGCCUGGAACCUGAAGCAGGGCAGCCCCCUGAGGCCGGGGCCAAGUGAGGGAGGCAAUGUGGGGGGGUCACAGCCAUGGCUGGGCUGGGAGCAUCCCCAAGCCUCAUCCCCCAGCCUAUGGGGAGGAGGUUUGGGGGGAUAUCAGUGACUCUGGACUACCACAGCAAGGGCUGUGUGCUGCCAGCACCCACCACCAGUCCUUCCCCACCAUUGGGUGACUAUCUUCUCCCUCUGGGGCAGGUGUUCAGAUGUCCCGUUCACCCAGUGGUCCCUGGGACACUGCCUUGGUGGCUGGGAACACCAAGGGACACAGUGGGGCUGGGGGGUGGAUGUGCUUUAAGCUGCCUUAAGACUGUAGGUCCUGUCCCCAUGAAGUGACAAUAGGAAUGAUGUCCUUGGUGGAAGCACCCAUAGAGGGGUUUGUCACCAUGACAUGGGUGUGCAUGGGUUAGCAGGAGAGAGGGGACGGUGUAGGGCACGAUGGCAAGGGACAGUGUGGGGUGGCUGUAGAAUGUAUGGGGGAUGUGUUCUUGGACCAUGGAUCAGGUCCACAGAAGGUUGGCUCCAGCUGGAGGAGGGAAGAGACACCAGAGUGGGAUGGCCACAGCCAUGGGGAUGUGCCUGCUGAGAUCCACACUAGAGAACCUCUUCCUAGCAACUGCUGAGUAUCUGUUGGCUAAAAGCCCCACCCCUCUAGGACCCCUGAACCCACUCACCCAUGGGAAGGGCUCAUAUCUCUCACACAGCCCAGUCCCAUACAAUGACACAACCAUGCCCCCUACAAGGGCUACAUAUGUGCCAAGGCUGGGGUCUCCUGUUGCUGGUUUGCAUCCACAGGGGAGGCUGUGCUCCACAGGGAGUCCAUCUGGUCCCAUAUACAUCCUUGCCAUGUCCCCACUAUGUAGUUGUUCCUCUGAGGUGUCCACUUGGGAGCCUCCUCAUUGCAAGCAGCUUCUCUGGUGACCGUGUUGGGAGCAUCCCUAGCUCACAGUGGCUUCACAACUCCUGUAAUACCAACCUCUGUGCAUGGAUCCUGCUGACAUUUCAGGAUCCCUCUGGUCUUGCAGACCACCAUGCAUGGACCCUGCCAUUUUCCUGUGGUCCCUCCGGUCCUACUUGGCACCAUGCAUGGAUGCUGUUGGUCUACCAUGGCUGAUCUGGUCAUGCAUGGACCCUGGUGUUUUCCCAUGACUCCCUUGUCCUGACUGCCGCGCAUGUACCUCACCAACCUCCUGUGGUUUUUCUGGUCCUGCAGACCAUUAUGCAUGGACCCCAAUGCUCUCCUCUGAUUCCUCCUGUCCCAGAGACCACAGUGCAUGGACCCUGCUGGCCUUCCUGUGGCCUCUCCAGUCCCACAACCCAAACCAUAUGGACCCUCUCAGUCACUGGGGCUCCACCAGCCUCCAGGGUCUGACCAGCUGUAUGUGACCCAGGGCUCUGUCACCCCAGCCAAAGCCACUUGAAACACCCAUGAGCAGGGGAACUGCAGUGAGUAGCUUGUGCUGCUGAGGCAGAGCUGAAGAGGGGGCUGGGGCUGAGGGGGUGCUCAGCCUUGAGGGAUUAGGGUGCACUGAGCCCCCAGGCUGCAUCAUCCAGCUUGUGGGAUCUGGAUGAGUCCACCACCACCACACCAGGGAAAGGUGAUGGGAGCAGCAUGGUAAAAUUCUGGCACUGCUCGCAUUGUUGUUGGUUGUGUUGGGAUCAAGAGUGGACAUGGAGCCAUUUACCACCCCAUCCCCACUCCUCUGCAGUAUCCCAUGGCACCAUCCCAAGUGGAACCACAGCAGGUCCAUUCUAGAUUUGGGCUACACAGUGGCUGCUUCUCUCCUUGGCUUGUCUGUAAGCAAUGACUUGCCUGUGUUCUCGGGGUACCUGGAGCAUGUGUCUGCAGGAGCAAUGGGAGACCCCCAACGCUGAGCUGCGCCACGUGGAUGAAGUGAUCUGAAUUCCUUUUGCCUUACCUACUCAGAAAUGCCUUUAGUGAGAUGCUUUGCCCGAACCCUGGUGGGACUCACCUGGUGACUGUCUGCUGGCCCAUGGCUUUGCAUCCAAGACCCUGUUAAGCCCUUCUCCCCCUCCCCACACUGCCAUAGGGGGUGGAGAUAGUCCCAGAAGGCAGCAAACCCCCAAGCUGCAAGAGGAGGACAGCAGCUCCAUCCCCAUUGUGACACUGGCACAGCCCUGGUACCGAUGUGCCAGUAAGUACAACUGUUCAAACACAGUCCCUGCAUCCCAGUGCUGACCCAGGGAUGCCUGACGAUGCACGGAUCUCUCCAUCCAAGAUGUGGGGGCGUCCUGCACUUGGGUUCUGCAUCCUGGGUACCACACCAUGGUGGGGGCACACAGGGAUGCCCGUUUCCCAGCUGUAUCCCACUUUUCCAGCCCCUGCUGCUGGUGUGUGUAGGUAGUCAAUGCUUUCCCAGCUCCUGCCCCUGUAUAUACCCCUCUGGAUACUGGGGAGUGCAGCUCACACCCAGCCCAGCUCACCCACGAGUGUGCACAGGCGUGUGUGAGUGUGCAAACCUCCUCCAGCUUUUCUGUCCUUCUGUCUUGCGGCACUGGUUGUUCUGGACUCCAAUGGAGCCUGAGGAGGAGAUGACUUCUCUUUCUUCCUCUCCUCCUCCUUCUUUUCUUAUUCUCCUUCUUGUCUUCCUCCUCCUUCUUCUCUUCCUUCUCCCCCUACUGUUUCUCCUCCUCCUUUAUAAUUUCUCUUUUUUGGUGGGUUUUGGUUUUCCUAAAUAAAUUUCAUAUGUCAACCUCCCCGUGA